UGAAAGUAGAUGAGGAUAUGUAAUCCCGGACCCAGGUCUAAGGCAGCGACGGUGCUCCGGAGGACUGACCGCUGCGCCUGAUCCUCGCAGUGAGUCUACCGUUCACUUCAUGAACCCCGGACCCAGGUCGAAGGUAGCGACAGUGCUCCGGAGGAAGGUAGAAAGAAGGUUUAGGACCUGCUGGCAGGAUCCUGACGUCGCGGCUCGCGACACCCGGCCAGCUCUGCAGACAUGGAUGUGUUCCAGAAAGUAGAGAAGAUCGGAGAGGGCACCUAUGGGGUGGUGUAUAAGGCCAAGAACAAGGACACUGGGCAGCUUGUGGCCCUCAAGAAGAUCAGGCUGGAUUUGGAGACUGAGGGGGUCCCCAGCACUGCCAUCUGGGAGAUAUCCCUGCUCAAAGAACUGAAGCACCCCAACAUUGCCAGGCUGCUGGACGUGGUGCAUAGUGAGAAGAAGCUGCACCUGGUGUUUGAGUUCCUCAGCCAGGACCUGAAAAAGUACAUGGACUCCGCCUCGGGCUCGGACCUCCCACUGCACUCUAGCUACCUCUUCCAGCUACUGCAGGGGGUGAACUUCUGCCAUUCUCAUCGGGUCAUCCACCGAUACCUGAAGCCCCAGAAUCUGCUCAUCGAUGAGUUUGGAGCCAUCAAGCUGGCUGACUUUGCACUGGCUUGGGCCUUUGCUGUGCCCUUGCGCACCUACACCCACGAGGUGGUGACGCUGUGGUAUCAGCCCGAGAUCCUCUUGGGUACCAAAUUUUAUUCAACAGCUGUGGAUGUCUGGAGCAUUGGUUGCAUCUUCGCAGAGAUGGUAACUUGCAAAGCCCUGUUUCCAGGGGACUCUGAAAUUGACCAGCUCUUUCGUAUCUUUCAAACCCUGGGGACUCCCAGUGAAGACACCUGGCCAGGAGUCACUCAGCUGCCUGACUGUAAAGGCACCUUCCCCAAGUGGACUAGAAAAGGGCUGGAGGAGAUCGUGCCCAAUCUGGACCUGGAGGGCAAAGACCUGCUCAUGCAGCUUCUGCAGUACAACCCCAGCCAGCAGAUCUCAGCCAAGGCUGCCCUUGCCCAUCCCUACUUCUCAUCUAUGGAGCCCUGCCCGGCCCCCUGCCGGGUGUGCUGCAGCAUUUUUGCCGCUGAGAAUGUUUGAGAUCCUCUCUCAGCUGCCUCCCCACAGCUGCCCAAGAGAGAACAAAUCUGGGAAGAAAGCAGAGCUCUAAGGAAUCUGACAUUAUCCGUGGGAGGGCUGAGUUUGAGUCGCUCCUGCUAGCAGGUUACUGAGUUCCUGUGUUGCUGGUUGAUUUUGAUGGUGCCACUUCCACGUGGCACAGGUACCCCACGUAGGAGGGGUAUUAGAGUCCUAGGCCCCUGGCACUGGAACAAGAGGUGCCAAGCUGGGAGGGCUGCAGGUGCGUGCAGCCAGCAACCCCUUCACCUGUGCAGGCAGGCCCCAGGGAGGGAUGCCCGUGCUGGUCUCUUUUGAUGUAAAAUGUUUGCAAGAAGCGUUGAAUUCAGUUCAGAAUUCCACACUAAACCGGCGAGGGGGAACAGAGGAGACAGUUUACUGACCCAGGAGAGGUCGGGGCAACCUCAGCUGUUCUAAGUCUUUGUCCCUUCAUCCAAGAUGUGUUUAUGUUGAUUGGCUUCUUGAUGCGUGGGAAAUAAAAAUGACAGGCUUCUGAGUUUUCUGUCCUUGCUCUGUUCAUGAUCUCAUGGGGACACCUGGGCUGGCUGACAGCAUUUGGAGAUAGUCCUGGCCAGCACUGAGAGGGCAGGGCAACUGAGAAGGGGUGGGCAGGGAGGCUGGGCUCUGCCCCAGUCCACUUUCCAAGGGAUCCCAGCGCUCCAACAGCACCCCGUCCCCAGGCUGUCGAGUGGGG